UAAUAAUCGGUGUAUGGUCUCGCGAUGUUUUACGGUUAAGCGCUCCUGCAGAAAAAGGACUUGACACACAUGUCAACAAAUAAGAUAAAUUAAUACUAGCUAGCAACACAGGCAUGCCAAGGUGUGCCAGUGAAGAAUAGGCUGACCCCUCGCUGCACCUAUAUGUCCACUGCUGUCUCCAUGACCACCCCUCCCAUAGUGGCGUUUGCCGGGCAGCAGGCUCAGGCUGCCCGUGAUGUCAACACAGCGUCGCUCUGUCGCAUCGGCCAGGAGACGGUGCAGGAUAUCGUCUUACGCACCAUGGAGAUCUUCCAGCUGUUGAGGAACAUGCAGCUGCCAAAUGGAGUGACGUACCACCCCAGCACCCACCAGGACAGGCUGGGCAAACUGCAGGAGCACCUGCGUAUGCUCUCUGUACUCUUCCGCAAGCUGCGCCUCGUCUACGACAAAUGUAACGAAAACUGCACCGGUCUGGACCCCGUACCCCCAGAGCAACUCAUCCCCUACGUGGAGGACGACAGCUCCAAACACGAUGAACGCUUGGCCAGCCAGGCCCGCCCGGCAACAGAGGAGAGGAGAGAAAUCCUGGAGGUUAACAAGAAGCUCAAACAGAAGAACCAACAGCUGAAGCAGAUAAUGGACCAGCUCAGAAACCUCAUCUGGGAGAUAAACUCCAUGCUGGCUGUUAGGAGUUGAACGGCAAACACGGCGACACAGAGAGAGAGACACACAGGCGCAGGCGCGCAUACAACACACACACACACACACACACACACACACACACACACACACACACACACACACACACACACACACACACACACACACACACACACACACACACACACACACACACACACACACACACACACACACACACACACACACACACACACACACACACACACACACACACACACACACACACACACACACACACACACACACACACAGAGGAAGACAUGGUUGUUAACUGGAUAUCUGACAGGGUCCCUCUGAGGCUGAUGCUGACGCUGCACUUUAGAAAUGCAGGCUUUUGCAAUAUACAACCGUCAGUCCCAGAAAAAGAGGGUGAAGAAAGCAAAGAACGAAGAGAAGUUGUGCGAUGGAGAAAUGCUGAUAUACACUCACCGUACAGUUUAUUAGGUACACCCAGUUAGUAACAGGUCGGACCCUCCUUUGCCUCCAGAACAACCUGAAUUCUUUGGCGUAUUCUACAAGUUGUCUGGAAACGUUCCACAGGGAUGUUGGUACAUGCUGACGCGAUGGCAUCAUGCAGUUGCUGCUGAUUAAAUGGCGGUACAUUCAUUGUACAUAAUAAACUGUCCGAUGAGUGUAGUUGUCGCUUACAAAAUGGUUAUUAAGAGGACUUUCAGAGUUAUAGUUUAUUUAAUAUCCUAAGAUAUUUGACAAAUACUAAGAUAUUUUUGACAUUUACCCAUUUAGAGUAGUUUUGAAGUUCGAUUUCCUUCAAGAUGUGUUUAUACAUUCCUAAACCAUUUUAACUCAAAUGAUAUACAUGAUGACAUGUUUGUGGUGAAGAAGAGCACAGAUCUGUGCAAAAAUACCAUAAAACAAAUCAUAGGGCACAUUGCUGAAAAUAAGUUUUAAAUGAAAUCACUGCUAGCUAGAUUGAGGUCUCCAGUUUCCCCCCCCCACAUAGAUCUGUUCUCUUUUGCAACAUGAACAUGGUACAGUGUAGUGAAACAAAAGAGUUUUGUGCUUCUGCUUUUCAUGUGUGGUUGGCUGCUUGAUGUUGACGUGUCAAUGCAGUAUCUUCUGGACUUUAUCAUUAUCACAAUGUCUGGUUAACUUUAGGAAUUCUAUGGCACUAUAAAUCCUGCUGUGAUUUAGACCAA